UUGUACCUUGAAUUCAGGUUACUCCAGCUGUCGAUGCCCUGAAUUACAAGAUGCCCCUUACAAAGGGCGCAUUUUGUCUGCUUUGGGUGAGUGUGUUGUGUUCGACAGGGGCUGUGGAGAUCAAGGCACCACUAUCUCAGGGUCGCUUGCGUGGCGAAAUCAGGUUUAGCCAGCCAAAUGCCGGUGGAGACGUAACAGUCCAAGUCGCCCUGCUACUUACCGAUGGCGGCUCGGCUCAGAAUCUGGACUGGCAGGUCAGGGAGUUUCCUGCGGAUUACCGAGAAGUGGAUGGAGGCGAACGGUGCUCCAAUAGUCGGCUCGGCAAGACUGUCAUUGAUUUAGGAGAGAGACUGGGCAAACUCAGCCUUCCAGAAAAUAGCACAGCGGUAUUUGUGAUUCCUGGAGGCUACCUGAAUUGGACUAAAACUGAUGGCAUCUGGGGAAGGUCUCUGAUUAUACGCGGCGACUCCAAUGUUGCGUGCGCCACUUUGAUGGUCGAAGGUGAGGAGCGUUUGGCCGAGGCUCAUUUUCGAGGCGCCCUGGAAGGCUCAGUUUUGUUUCGCUGGUUCGGUGCUGAAAACGGCGUCGACGCGGUCAUUCUGAGCAAGCUCCGCAGAGCCCAAGACAACAGCACUGUGACUCGAAAGCACAAUUGGAAAAUCUAUGUAACUGACAGUGUUGAGAGCGAAGCAGACAAGUCGCGGGACAACUGCAACUCCCUACAGCUGGUUUUCGACCCUGACAAUAAGGGAGAAGGACACAGAGCUGGAGAUUUGGAUAGUCGGCUUGGUCAGCUGAAAACAGGAGGGUCGCACCUCUUGCGUGACGGUUCUUUGCCAGAGCUGCACGAGUCUGCGGCAAAUUCUCCCAGGAGUCUUUAUGUGGUUGUAUUUCACUGGCACCACACGGACAGUAUAAUGGCCUGCGCCAGAGUGCAUAGAAUGGUUACCAAAAAGGCGCUGACCAUCCUUCAAGGCGGAGGUCUUAAAUUUAAAUUAAAACUAGAACAACGCUCGCCUUACGAUUUGACGUUUUUGACGGCUGAAGAAAUUAAUAAACCAAUUGAAGGCUUAGAAUACCAAAUAAGGGAGCUGCCAGCACAAGGGGGUUCUCCUGAUGCCUGCUAUUACUCCGGCCCACUGUUUGACCCUUUGCGAGUUGGACAAGAAGAGAGAAAGACUGCAGGCGGCAGCCACAAUGAAUAUGCUGUAGGCAGUCUACAUUUAAAGCAUGGCCCGCUUGAUCGUUUAUUUGGAACUUGGGACUCCUUCCUGCCUCUCUACGGGCCUCACAGCGUGAUCCAUCGAUCGCUGUAUGUUACUCACGGAGGCUCCGUCGCCUGCGCCACAAUUAAUGCUGUGACGCCAAUGUCCACUGCUCAAGUGUUAUUCAGGUAUCCAGUUGUGGGUCGAAUACUAUUGCGACAAGAAAAAGAGGCCCCUUGGACAGAUACGUCCGUCCUCGUUGAAUACCUGGUUUAUGCUGACGGCUCUAAAAAUGACACAAGUGAAAUUCACUGGCGCGUUAUGGAAAACCCGACAGGCGGAGACUUUUACAAUUGGACGGCUCGAUGUCUCAGCGCUGGAGAGCAAUUCAACCCAAACUCUUGCGUUGGACCCCAAAGCUGUGCGAUUGGAGCCCUGAGCGACCGACACGCGACGCUUUCAGCGUCAGGAGGAAAGGCAAAGAUGAUAGAAAGAACUCGGCGGCUCUUCACAGACUCAAAUCUGCCGUUAUCUGGGUCAGACGGUGUAGUUGGGCGCUCGUUGGUGCUUUCGGAUGCGUUCGGUCCUAAAGCAAGGGGAGAACGAUUGGCUUGCACAACAAUAACUUGGCUCCCACGUGUAAAAGCAGUCGUUCAGGACUGGUUCGGAAGCGACGGACAGGAACCAUCGGUCAAAGGUCGAAUAGAAAUGAUUCAAUACACCCCAUACGACUUGACAAAUGUCGAUGUCACCUUGAAAGGCCUGCAGGACGUCAAAGGAUAUCACGUUCAUGUGACGCCUGUAGAAAUGCAGCUGGCCUUCCCUUGCGAGGACUCAACCUUGUACGGCCACUGGAAUCCUCUUGGGGUGGACCCCAAAAGUAGUCCUGCUCCUGGUCAUGGCACUCCCGAGCAGUACGAAAUGGGCGAUUUGAGUGGAAAGUGGGGCACCUUUGCUGGACUCACUCACGCCUCUCUUGUCUACAACGAUUCUCAACUGGACCUGAUUGGGCCCCAGAGCAUAAUAGGUCGAUCGGUGGUGAUUCACAGGGCCGAAGACAACGCUCGAUGGGCCUGUGGAACAAUCGAACGUGGUUAUGCCGCUUCGGAGGCGCGAGAGCUGCGUGCAAUCGCCUCUUUCCACCAUCCUUACGGUUAUGCCUAUGGAUACAUCAGAUUUACUCAAUUGGUUUACGGUCCAGGUUCAUACGGCGAGACAAAUAUUGAGGUUAAAAUUAGGCACCCAGGCAUCAACGAUAGAAAUUUGACCAGAGGUCACAAUUGGGCUGUAUUUGUAAACCCAGUGGGCCAGGACGCCGCAGUGAAGUCUACGGGCACAAGAUGUGUGGCAGGAGGAUAUGUGUGGAACCCAUAUUUCAUCCAGUUGGCAGACCCUUUCAACGACGAACUCUACAGAGAUCAAUGUGGGCCUGACAACCCAUUACGGUGCUACGUCGGUGACGUUGGAAGGAGACUCGGCCCCAUCAACCUUGGAGAUAAAAGACAAGUUUUCUCCGACAUGAAUCUGCCCUUGGAAGGCCCACACUCGGCUGUGGGGCGAUCUUUGGUCAUUUACUCCCCAGACGGGGGCAACGAACGAUUUGCCUGCGCCAACAUCGAGCCCGACCAUGACAUAAUAAAAUACGCAAAUCUUCGGCGUCCCCCUCGGUUUGAGGUGUCACAGUUCUUGGAAAGGGUGCGAGCAGUACUUGGCAUUCCGGAGUGGAUGCUGACCGUGGACAACAGGAAGACGCGCUCUUUGCAUGGAAAUACUUGCAUUCAGCUGCUGCUGCAUUUCCGGGGUCCCCAAGCUAAUAAAUUAGAACAAGAUUUCAGCCGGCUGCUCAACGUCGGCUCUCAAAAGGAGACGAGUUUGUUCAUCCCCGGCUUCUACCCCGAUGCAAAGAGACCAACCACUUUGUCAUACAAACAGUGUGGGGUGGUGGACACCAACAAAAAGAAAAGUAGCUACUUUAGUAUAAGUAAAGCAGAAAAAAAAUCUGUUAAUCUGAUAACAGUGGCUGUCAUGUUACUGAUGGUGAAAUAUUUUUAGAUCUGUGAUUACUAUAAACACCAAAAAUGACUGAUGUUGUUAAAAUAAAGGGAUGUUUUAGGAUUUUAAGUCAAUAAUCUGAUAUUUCAGCAAAGUGCAAGAAUUUAUAUUAAUCUAAAUCACGUUUUAUAUAACAUCUGUGCCAAAGCUUUGAAUUCCAUGACAAAAUGAUAAAUAUCAAAAAUCCUACGAGGAUCACAGUGUGAAAUUAUUUUCCAAAAACAUUCAAAACUUUAAACUUAAUGUCCUGACCAAAAUAAAAUUAGUAAUUUAUGAAAA